AUGGGGGCCGACUAUGACUCGGCCAGUGACGAGCUGAACUACCAGUCCGACUCGGCGUCCGACUCGGGAGCCGGCGGCAGUGACACCGAGGACGUGUAUGUCCGGUCACCUGUAAGUGACGAUCUCGAUGACGGCCAACAGGACGACGACGAAAAUGAGGGCAUCGAAGAUGAGGAUGAGGACGCUGAGGACGAGGACGCUGAGGAUGAGGACGCUGAGGAUGAGGAUGCCGAGGAGGAAGAGGACAUGGAUGACGAUAAUGACGACAAUGAGGAGGAGGAGGACGACGACGACGACGAUGAAGACGAGGACGACCAUCGGGUUUUGCGGUCAUCUGUCGCCGGGCUGAAGCGCUCCCGCUCGGCGGCAAACCGCCCUUUUGACUACAGCUCCGAUGAGGAUGACGACGCCUCCCGCCCGACACAGGAGGAGCUCAGCCACCGACGUCGGCUCCUGAACAUCCAACGCCUCGAGUCGGAGAUGCAAUCGGUUGUCCAGAAGCUCUUGUCCCGGCAGCCGGUCAAGCGCCAGAAGAAGGACGAGGAUAAGAAGCCGGAGGUUGCCUUCGAGAGCGUGGCCGAGGUGAUCCGCACUCGGCAAGUUGUCAUCCCCCCUGCCGACGGCCACGACGAGACGGGACCCCAAAGUGCCACCUUCGUUUCUUUCCCCACCAGUGCCCCCGACACCCUGGUGUUCCCCUUGAAGCCUCGGACAACGCGCAGCUCCAAGCAGCAGCCUGCCGAUGCGUGAACCCCCUUUGAGGUCAUUCUCCCCCUUUCCCCCCUCUCCCCCCCCCCCUC